AUGCAUUGGCGUUUUCGCUUGGCGUUGUUUCUUCGCAUGACCCUCAGAGAUGAAUACAAGACCGAGGAAUACCUAARAAAAAUAGAACCCRAACAAGUGUCACRAAUAGUGGAUGRAAUCUUCMAAAACUAYGAUAAACUCRAAAGACCCUACUACAGAGUUAAGCCAGUGGAAAUAGGAAUCUUUUUUGAGAUUGAAGCAAUUAGCCACAUAUCAGAAGAAAACAUGGAUCCUCGCGUUGCCUUUGACAAAGACAACAAUGAUUCUUUUCUCAUCCUCCGUGGUGAACACCUAAACAAGCUAUGGCUACCUGAUACCUACAUCCUUAACGCUAGAAAAGUCUCUAUCGAAACCAAUACCUAUUCAGCUAAGGUCUACGCAAACGGAAAGAUAAGCUAUUCGUACAGGAUGUCAGUCACUGCUUUGGCGAAGAUGAAUUUCUUAAACUACCCAAUGGAUAACCAGAUACUAAAAAUAGAUAUCAGUAGCUAUAGAUAUAUGGCUGAGCAGCUGACUCUGAAGUGGGAGAAAGGCUCGAUGGUUUACAACGAAAUGGCAGGAUAUGUGGUGAAGAGUGAAAAUAAUACCAGUGAAAUCCAUGCCUACGGCAAAGUGGAUUGGAGUUUCCUUUCAUUCUCCAUUACCGUUCACCGUCGUCUUGGUUACUUCAUUAUGCAGUUUUUCUUCCCCUGCAUUCUGUGUGCAGUCGUAUCAUGGUUGCCAUUCUGGAUGGAUCGUUACGAGAUCGGUGACCGCAUGGCUCUAAGCAUCACUACCUUGUUAACAGAAGUGUUCUUGUCCCAGUACAUCAAUAGUAACAUGCCUCGUGUCAGUUACAUCAAGGCAGCUGAUSAAUAUCUUUUGGCCACCUUCAUCUUCAUCUUCAUGGGGUUGUUGGAGAAUGUAGUGGUCUACAACUUCCGCUCAGAUGUGAGAAAAUUGAAAAAAGUAAAAAAGAAAACCAAAGCCACCAAAUUGGAGUUUGAGUUGCAGGACAUCCACUGCUAUGGCCAAGAAAUAUCACCAAGCCAAGAAAUUAUGACGGAAAGUCCCAGAAACAAUCUAGAGCAAGAAGCAUCGUCUAAGAGCGCUGAUCAUAAUGAGAACAAGAUGGACGCUGAAGAAGCCACAGAGAAAGAUCAGUCUCUUGUUGUUGACAAGAUAUCUCGUGUUUUGUUCCCACUAGCUUUCAUUGUUUUUCAGGCCUAUUAUUUUGGAAGACAUUUGUAAAUAAGUUAAAAAGAUCGAGUCUUCAUGCAGCGAGCUGAGAUAAUGAGAAACGCAAAUGCCAUGAACCGAUCAAUUGGAUCAAAUAUUUAAGGGUAGACUAUUUGUAAUCGUAAAUGUAACGCUUUCGCUAUAAAUAGUGCAUUACGUAUAAGACGUAUUUAGACACUUUGCUUAUCGGUAUAUACUCAAAAUCUAUUUGUGCAGCAAUUGAUCUUGUUACGAGGAAAAUAUACUUAAAGCUUUUAACUUGUAUAGAUUUAAUAGUACAUACAUGCUUUAUACGCUCCAACGCGGCUCAGAAUUAGUAUUCUUAAAGAACUGAUGUAGAUAACAAUGAACAGUGCAAGGCCUACUCCAGGUCAAUUAUACACUUAGGGAUCAUGUAAAUUAUCUUUUGUUCUGUCAAGCUAGUUUUUCUCGAAAGAAAAGACUUUUUCAGUGCAAUAAACCCAUGCUUGCUUUCUUCCUCGGCAGCGCUAUUUCAAGUCUGUUCAGCUACAGGCAGCUUUAUCAGUACUGCAUGUUCAUCGACUGUAACAUGGCUGAUACAUGAUCAGUAAAGACUUGUGAAAAUUGUUGUCAACAGUUAUCAGGAUAUUCUAUUCUAUUCUAUUUUGUCAGAAUACAGAGCCGUUAGGAUAGUUAGCACAAGAACAUAGUUGCUAUUACAGAGACAAUAAUAAACAGAAUUGUCACCCUA